CAUAUAAUAUUGUGUCGGCCCCUGUGCUCCCUUUUCACUAUAUUCUCAUUAAUUCCAAAAAGCAGCCGCUUCUUCAAAUUCACAGAGCUCAACAGUUAGUGAAUGGAAUACCCUCUUAUCUUGUACACGAUUUCGACAGGUGACCUAACCUGCUAACCUAGUCAGAACUCACGGAAUCAUGCGGGCCCUUCGGUAUCACGGCCCCGGGGAUAUUCGUUUGGAAAUGGACAUUCCUGAACCUGAAUGUCGCGUUCACCAGGUUAAAAUUUGUCCCUCCUUCUGCGGCAUCUGCGGUACAGACUUACACGUUUAUCAAUCUUCCAACAGCCUACCAUUCAAGGAUACUCCCCAUCCUAUAACUGGCGAGAAAUGGCCUGUAACCCUGGGCCACGAGUUUUCUGGAGAAGUCGUCGAAGUUGGGUCAGAAGUCCGAAACGGCAUCCGUGUUGGGGAUCGAGUAGCUGUUCAGCCCACCAUCUGUUGCAACCAAUGCGUUCCAUGUAAAGAGGGUCUAACCAACUGUUGUGAUUCCUUUGGAUUUGUAGGACUGAUGGGUUGGGGAGGUGGCCUCUCUGACUACGUGUGCGUGGAUGCGAGAUUCGCGUUCAAACUGCCUGACACUAUCCCAUCGGAUAUUGGAGCUCUGGUUGAACCGCUCGCCGUCGCGUGGCAUGCUGUUGCACUGUCGGCCCUCAAAGCUGGAGAUGACGUUCUCGUCAUGGGCGCCGGUCCCAUCGGACUGGCCGUGAUCCAAUGCCUGAAAGCUCGCCAACCAGGGCAACUUAUCGUAGCCGAAGUCGCGGCUAAUCGGAGAAAAUUUGCACAGCAGUUUGGAGCCACGGCCGUCAUUGACCCACGGGAGCAAGACGUUGUCUCCACUUGCAAGCUACUGUGCGAUGGCCAAGGACCCGCCAUGGCGUUUGACUGCGCCGGUGUUGCCGCAAGCAUCAAAUCAGCAUGUCUCGCAACUCGUAGCGGAGGCACGGUAGUGAAUGUUUCGGUUUGGGACGGCGAUAUCCCCUUUAACAUGAAUAACCUUUUGUUCGGGGAAAAGAGACUUUUGACAGCUCUGAGUUACACUACAGCGGACUUCGAAGCUGUUAUCCAUGCCCUGGAUAAUGGGUCAAUAGACGCAAAGGACAUGAUCACACGUACAAUCACUAUUGAUAGGGUUGUUGAGAAUGGAAUUAUGGCCUUAACACACCAUAAAGAUAGGGAUAUCAAGAUAGUCGUCGAUGUCGCGGCAAGAUAGUUCCCGAGAUUGGAGAAAAGCAGAGCCAGGCGAAAGUAUCGAUCCGACAAGGAUGAUUCGUGAAACCUUACUUUAUUUCACCCCACUUACGCCUUGUCUUCGAAGAUCAGGUAUACUUUACAUCAACUAACGUAGUCCACGGUCCAAUUGCACACUUCGGCAGAUUUUCGUACGCUACCACUUUGACCUGCGGUUUUUCACCACAUAA